AGGGGUCAACUUUGCUUCCCUAGCCAAGCGACUGCGUGUAUUAUACAUACUAUGUGCUAACUACGCUUAUGAAGUCUGCGUCGACAACACCAGAGAGGUUCUCAUGUCAUACAAUUGCUUGUGCAUGCGUAAGUCUAGAUUGUCUCAUGACUCUCUGACGAAAAGCCAUUCAAUGAUGCUUCAGUACAUGAGCAAUAGCACCGGCGAGAUCCAAAUGACAGUGCAGUCAGCAAAGGGCACGACGACAAGCACCGACACUCACACAGCCCCCAGGCUAUAGCAUCUCGAACAGCAUCACAUUCAAAUUCGUCUUGUCAAGCCAAGGCUACACGAAGGAACGGCACAUCCGGAGAAGCGACACGGCGGACUGCAUUCCCUGUCGAGCUCAUGGACCUCCAUCCGCGCCCAGAGGUCCUCGUCAAAGCUGCGCGUGCGGCGCCGACCGCCGGUGGGCGGCGGGGGCGGCGGGUACGUCGGGACGGGCUUCCCGCGCCCACAGCGAGUCAUCCUCGUAGGCCCGCUCGACAAGCUCGUCGACUAUGUCUUGCAGACUGCGGCGGUAGCGACCGCCAGUGGGCGGCGCGGGAGGCGGGUACGUCGGCACGGGCUUCUGGGGAGGCAAACCGGGGCGGGGGUCACGGCGCGCCCAAAGGUCGCUGUCAUACUCGCGCGCAUAGAGCGAGUCAUCCUCGACUGUACGGCUCGCGAAGGUGUUGGUGGGCAAAGCGAAGGCCGGGGUGGCGGCGGCGGCGGCGAACGCAACUGAGAGGAAUGUAGUGAAGCGCAUCGUGUAUUGCGGGGUUGGUCGUCAAGAAAGCGUCGGUGAAGAGAAUGUGAGUCGUU